AUGCGUGCAAUCCAAGUAAGGGAAUAUGUGAAGGGCCCUCUCGACCUGACGGUCACAACCCUCCCAACUCCAACCCCUUCUGCAGACAAAUACCUCAUAAAAAUUCACUCUGCGGGCACGAACUUCUUCGACCUCCUUCAAAUCCAAGGGAAAUAUCAACACCAGCCGCCUUUGCCAUGGAUAUCCGGCAUGGAAUUUGGCGGGACAAUUCUCAGUCCGCCCACCGCUGCCAGCUCCCCAAAGUUCAAAGUCGGCGAUCGUGUCUUCGGAGCCUCUCAGGGCGCCUAUGCCACACACAUUCUAGCCCACGAAUCUGCGCUGAGACCGGUGCCUGAAGGCUGGAGCUUCGAGGACGCAGCAGGCCUCUUCAUCACCGCGCCGACCUCUUAUGGAGGCCUCGUAACGCGGGCGAAUGUGCAGAGCGGGGAUUGGGUGCUUGUGCACGCCGCAGCAGGCGGGGUGGGCCUAGCUGCGGUACAGGUUGCAAAGGCCAAGGGGGCAACCGUUAUCGCGACAGCGGGGUCAUACAGGAAGAGACAGAUCGCCAAGUCCUUCGGGGCAGAUUACACGAUUGACUACAAGGAUUCUAAGUGGCCGGAUGCUGUGAAGAAAUUAUGUGCGGAGAAACGGACGGGGAAUGGUAAGGCUGGUGUCGAUAUUGUGUAUGACCCUGUGGGGAUGAUUGAUCAGAGUCUCAAGUGCGUAGCCUGGAACGCGCGGCUGUUGGUGAUUGGGUUUGCAGCGGGAAAGAUCGAGGAAGUUGCGCUGAAUCGGGUAUUGUUGAAGAACGUUAGUAUCAUGGGGUUGCAUUGGGGCCAGUAUGUAAAUUUCGAGAAGGAGACAGUGGGAGUGGUUUGGGAUGGCAUCUUUGAGUUGAUUAGGCAGCGCAAGUUUAGGGGGACAAGCUUCCACGGAUCGAAAGCUAUGUCGGGUAUUGGAGAGUGUACCAAAGGGCGCUGCAGGCGCUGGGGGAACGAGAGACUUGGGGGAAGGUCGUCGUAA